AUGUCCGUCCACCUCCACUUCGAACCCGCGCACGCGCUCAUCGGCGGCGCUAUUCUCGGCGUCGCGACCGUCGGGAAGCUCCUCCUCACCGGCCGAGUCCUCGGCAUCUCCGGAUCGUUCAAGGGCCUCGUCACCAUCGGAGACACGUCGAGAUGGAGGUUCGCGUUCCUCGCCGGGCUCGUCGGCUCCGGGCUCGCGGACGCGUACAUGAACCCGGACCAGGUCGCGGAACCCUCCGCGGGGCUGACGCGCACGGUCGUCGCGGGGCUCCUCGUCGGCGCGGGCAGCGGCCUCGGGAACGGCUGCACGUCCGGCCACGGCAUCUGCGGCAACUCGCGGUUCGCGCCGAGGUCCAUGGCGUACACCGUCCUCUUCAUGGCGACGGGGUUCGCGGCCGCGACGCUUUUCGACACGAACGCCGCGCUCGGGGUGAAUCCCGCGAGCGCGCUCGAUCGAAUGAAGCUCCCGAGCGCGGAGGAGAUGAUCGGGUACGGGAACAUCAUCGCCGCGGCGGCGGCGUCGUUUCUCGGUCUCGGCCAGCUCGCGCGCGCGCACGCGAAGAAAAACGACGGCGAGCACACGGACUUCCACGACACCUUGGGCCUCGUCGCCGAAGUCAUCAGCGGCUUCGUGUUCGGGCUCGGCUUGAGCAUCAGCGGAAUGCGCCGCGCCGCGAAAGUGAGCGGGUUUUUAUCCGCGACGGCGUCGUCGUGGGACCCGAGCCUGAUGCUCGUCAUGGGCGGCGCCAUGGGGCUCGCGAUUCCCGCCUUCGCGCGCAGCGAGAGCGAGACGAAGCCGCACUGCGCGAGGGAGUUCUCCGUGCCGCCGAAGAACAGAGGCAUCGACAAGAACCUCCUCUUAGGCGGCGUGAUGUUCGGCGCGGGGUGGGGGCUCGCGGGGAUGUGCCCCGGCCCGGCGAUCGUGUCGUUCGCGGCCAACCCGACCGGGACGGUGGGCGCGUGGCUCCUCGCCGUCGUCGUCGGGAUGUACGCGCAACACCGGGUCUUUUAAGCGACGAGAGGGGAGGGAGGGAAAGUAGCCCAAGUGUUCAUCAACAGAGAGUGCGAUGCGAUCGAUCGACGCUCGUUUGUAUAUUAGAACCGUCUGCUAGCCAGCUUGUCGUAAUAUCAUAUGUAUGACGAGA